UCAGACGUUAAUUAAUAUUAUUGUGUGAACUGUUGUGCUAACAAGUUCUUAAAGCAUUAUGAAGUGUUUCGUUGAAAUAUAUUUAAAGAUAACAUUGCUGUGCCUCACGUGGAAGUCUCUUAUCUGCGCUCUACAGAUACCUUCAGAUAUCGAGAAAUGCCAUUUUGGAGAUGGCAAAUGCAUUGCAAAGAGUACAAAUCAAUUUAUACGUCGCUAUGCCAAAGGUGAUGCUAAAAUUGGUUUACCGCCCUUCGAUAAUAUUCAAGUGGACGACAUCACACUCAUAAACUCACCCGGGCCCCUUUGGAUAAGCUACACGUUGAAGAAUCAGGUUCUCAAGGGUUUUGAAAAUGCAACUAUCAUAUCUCUGUCGGGACUAGACCGCGAACCGGAACAAAAUAAAUUAGAAGUGAAAUUGAAAAUUCCAAGUCUCGCCAUGCAUGGCAACUACGAGCUCCGUGGGCGUGGCAUUAUAGUUUAUACGAACUCAAGUGGUUCUACGAAAUCGGAUAUGCAGAAUGUGCGCAUAACGAUCACAAUUAAGGGCUUCAUCGAGUAUCGCAAUAAGAAACGCUAUCUAAAGGUCUACGAUAUGGCACCAAUCUUCGAACUGGAUCGUUGGAUAUUGUCGGCUGAUAAUCUAUUUAAGGAGAACACCGAUCUAACUGUUUUACUCAAUCGCGUGAUCAACGAAAAGUGGAUUGAGUUUUGGAACGAAAUCGAAUCAACCAUUUUGCCUGUCUAUACUCGAAGCUUUGUCAAUCUUAUCAAUAAGUUUGCACAAGCUAUUCCCUAUGAUGAUAUGUUUUUACCGGAUUGAAAGAUUGAAUGAUGAAAGCUCGCAAAGCUGAAAGCAUUUUACUUAUGGUAAUGCUUAUCGAUAUAUUGUAUAGCUUCAAGAGUCAAGUACAAUAACAUUUGUGAUAGUUUCUUCAAUUCAAACUGAUUGAAAUAAAAUUAAUAAUUUUUUUGGUACCAUAUACGAUCAAAAAUAUUUCUACUCAAAUUAAAUUUUGAAGUUCGGCUGAACAAUUACAUAAUUAUUCUGAGAUUAAAAGAAAUUCUUAU